UAAACAAAUAACCUUUCUUUGUUCAAAUUGUGAAAUUUAAUUCUGUUUUAUUUGAGUAAACUUGUAUCAAAUGUCAGACUGCAUAAUUUACCUACAGUACAUGUACAUGGCACACCACGUGCUAUACAUCCAGGAUGAGGAUACGACAUAAUGUCAAAAUAACAGAAGCUUAAACAGAGGACAGGCACAGAGCGAGCUGUUUUGGAUGUAGGAAGUUUAAGGUGUUACACGGAAGAUACGAAUCACUCGACAGUAACAGAUACAGUACAAUGUUCAAGUGUACAUAGGACAUUAUAUUUCCGGAAACUGCAGGCAGUUUGCCAUAUACGUGCAUGAAAUGGCCGAAGGAGGUCGAGGAUGGCCGAAGGGUGAUGAUGAAAAAGAUCGAGAUUUCCCCAGGCUUACAGAUUCCACUCACAAGAUUCAAGCAAAAAUGAAACCGAAAUUGCCAUCAAAGAAAGAAAUAGAGUCUAACCUUGACAGUCUGAAGCAAAUCGUGGUUAGUAUCUUGAAGAAACACCCUGGUGGUGUGAAAAAAAGUGUGAUUUGGAAUUUAGUUCAGAAAGAAACAAGACAAACGUUUACAUCAGCGGAUUAUGGCGUUCCUAAAAUGAAUAAGGUGUUAGAAAUUUGGUCCGAUACCGUCACCUUCACAGGUUCAAAGGAUCCAAAAAUUGUUUUACGGCGUGGAGCCAGCUCCGAGGAUCGUAAUUCGAGUAGAUCUUCUGGAGUACUAUUUAACGAAAGCAACUUUCCACCCCUAUCAAGAGAGUGGACACCUCCAAGAGGGCCCAAAGCUCCGGCAGUUACAUCAUUAAAAGAUGCAAUAACUGAUAAAUUAGGGGCAAGUGAUGACAAUGGAAACAUCGCAGAAAAUAAAGAAAAAGUGCGUCCAUCUGGUCCUCAUCUAACUUCAAAAAAUGUGUUAAAAGACGAUGGGAAAGCGCCUCUUAGGGCUACUCAAGUAGGAGCAGGAAUUGGUAUUUCACAAAAAGACAUAAACGCUUCGAAGAAAAGAUCUAAUGCAAGCGAUAGUGACAGUGUAAUAUAUACAAGAGAAAAACUUGCUUCACCUGCUCCUCCACUGGCUAAAACGAAGUCAGGAGUCAAUGGAGAUAAAGCACUACAUAAAGAGACAGAUUCAUUACCCGCUGCACCUUCUGCAUCCACGAGAGUCAUCAAAACAGCAAAGAGAAAAUCUAGUAAAAAUCCAAAUGAAAAUGUUGCAGAAGCAGAAGGAAAGCUAGCACCUCUAGCUUCUCAACCUGCUCCUACAAUGUCUGUAUCAAGUACAGAGAAAAUACCUGUUACUGGAGCACAAUCCCCACUGAGUAGUCUUUUUGGUUUCCAGUGGACUCUAUUUGGUCAGUACAAAACGCCUGAUGUAAGACCUUCGGAAUUAGCUCUUGAAACCGGAGACCCGUCAAUAAUUGGAGGGAAGUUGGGGAUUAUAACUCAGAAUGUGGAUCCAGUCAUGGCUCAGACCCCAUUCAGCAACCAAGAUGCAUUGAAAACUACUGGUUUUACAACAGGACCAAAUGUUUUCCCAGAAAAUCAUAUAAAUACAAUACAAGGAAGUGCGCAUCAUAAUUCAGUUACAAGUGCUUUGGAAGGACCAAGACGUUACAAAGGUUGGCAAGAUGACGCGAAAGCCAAGACAGUUACACCUAUUGAUAGAGAUGACUUUGAAACAAAGAAGAUUGAUGUUAGACCAGUUUAUGUAGCAAAGGGUCGAAAACCAUCCAAAGAACAAGUUAAUAACGUAGCCAAAGAGUGCAUCGAAAUUUUAGCUGAUGCUGAUUUAUUUGUCACCCAGGAGCGAGUUGAAAAACUAGUUUGCCAAAGAUUCGGUUGCCACAGAAUUCAAGAACUUGGGUUUAGAUUUGUAGAUCAGAUCGAAUGUGUGAAUGAACUGAAUAGAUUAGUUAGUAAGAUUAAUGUAUAUAUUAUCGCAUUUGUGAAAACUCGCUCAAUAUGCACUCUACAUGAACUAAAAGAUGCACUUAAAGAGUAUGCAACGGAUGACGGAGACUUUAGCUCUCUUAAAACUGGACCAUUGCAGCGGUUUCCAGUUGUAUAUCAGCAGUUUCGGUUCCCACCGGAUCAAGCGGAGAUCCCGGAGAUAACUAGUAUGGACAUUUUAGACCACUUCAGCGAUUUUCUCAACAAAAAUGGCCUCUGGACGAAGAAACUUGAGCUGGAACCGUUCAUGGAUUACUUGGUCGAAAAUUACAGCGCCGAAAAUGCAUACAUGUUAGGUGUAAGGAUACGGUCAUUGGCACUGGCAGUCACUACUUUGAAAAAAGCUCACAGAGAUUCAGCUUCUAACCGCAGAGCUAUAAGAGAUCAUUUUGAAGAUGAACUUAGAAAUGAAAUUGGAGAAGCAUUCAGAAAAUUCCGAACAAGUAUUCUGCAAACAGGUGAGGGUGAAGGAAUGGAAAUAAGAAAACAUUACCUUAAAAUGAAACCAGAGUUUGCAAUCAUGGAAAUAUUUGACAAGUUCAAUAUACUACAUAUGGUUGUCCAAGCCGGGGAGAUAAAACUGAAAAAGGCUACAAGAUUCAAGAAAGCCAUAGAGGAUUUCUUAACAUGCAUGAGAGACAACGAGCUAGGUAAAAACCUAUUGCACCUUGCAAUUUGCAUGUCAAAUACCACAGUGGAAGAAACGGUCAAAGAGAUUUUCACACCUGUCAAUGAUGAAACUAAUGAAGGAAAUGAGACACCAGCCCAACAGCAACCUCCGCCGAGAAAAGAUGUACUUCUUGGGAAGUUGAAAACCUAUAUCGAGAGAUGUUUGAAUGCUGGAGCUCUCAGUCUUAUUCAUCUGGACAGGAUUGAGGAGAAACUUCUAGAAGACUUUGACUUUCCAGCAUUCAGUAAGAUGGGAUAUGGAAGAUUUCUGGAGUUCCUGCUCGCAGAAACAAAACAGAUGUUGGAGGAAGGUGGGGGCUUGACUCUUGGUUCUGUUUCUGGAGGCGGUGGUGAGAGUGACACGUCUUUUAAACCCAGUCAGACCGACCUGGUUGAAUUCAUCAAACAGUUCAAGCAACAUGAGAACAUCCAGCCUGAACAGAUUGAGGAGGCUCUAUGUAGACAAUACAAUGUUACUGAUGUGCGGCAUCUUGGUCAUGGAAAUAUUUCACGCCUUCUAAGUUACGCUGAUAAACCAUCAAGACAUAUGUAUGACGACUUUACAGUGUUUUAUGAGUCAGCUUUCCUCCGCUCUAUAAGGGGGUCGUCAAAUUCAAAUUCAAAGGUUGGGAUUCUUGGUCACCAGUCCAAAGAUGCCGCAAGGUUUUGUCUGCAUAGCUGCCCGCUCCUGGAAAACCUGGCAGACUGGAGUCAGUGGAGUCUUGUGUUUGAACCCGAACUUGGAAAACUGAAGGACUUUGUUCAGAGAUAUGGAGGCGUUACAACAAAAACUGUUGAAGGUGGAAAAGUUGUCACGCUUGAUUUCCUAGCAUUGGAGAUAAAGCCGGGCGAAUUGAUCAAACUUGUUUCCACAACAUCUCCAGACUGUGUUGCCGAAGCACUGAGAAAUCAUGAUGUUGUGUCUACCGCUGGUCACUUAGUAUCAAUGGCAAUAGCAUACAAGGGUGUUGAGAGUAUGCCCAUUGCCUUGUUGUCAGGACACGUGAAAACCGUGCUGUUACAGAUGCAUGCCAGCGAACCAACUAUUGAAACAAAUGCUGGCCCUGCAACCCUGCACUCGGCAGCAAUGUUCGUUUUACAGUGCCUACUUCGCAUUCCCACCAAUUUCUGUGUCGCCUUUGCCAACCAGCUAUUUCUUGAACCUUUGGGACAGGUUGUUGGAUCAAGCAAAUCCAAACAACUAUUGAUACAACUCUGCUCAUCCUCUGAAGAUCUAAACAAGAUGAUAAAGUUAGGCUGUUUACUAGGAAUACACGAGUGGACAGAUGUGAUUCAACAAAAAUGUCAGCCUCCAACUGCUGCUGUACAAAUUUCAGCAAACGAGGCGGAUGACUUCUUUGAAAACGAUAAUGAAUAUCAGGAAGAUGAAGAAUUGGUUGAUGAAUAUGAUGCAGAAGAUGUUGAUGAGAUUUUGGCUGGUGAAGAAGAUGAAGAAGUUAUGAACAAUGAAAUGGACAUGGAGCAUUUAGAUAAUGAACGUAACCACAGAGAGAAAAAGGAUGGUAUUUCAACUGAAGAUGCAGAAAAUGAGGAUAAUGAGAACUCUUCAUUGGUAGUAGACACUGACAAGCCUGUAAUUUCAUCAUGUGAAGAUAUUAUUAAUCAGAUACGUAGAGAUGAGUUUGGCGUUGGUGUGCAUCUUAACGAGGAUGGGGAAAGACUUAUGAAGGUACAACAAGAAAGAUUGGGGAGAAGUUUGGAUCGUUUGUCUAAAGACUUGUACAGCAAAGAUACACACUUUGUCCUGGAGUUGGUACAGAAUGCAGACGAUAAUAGUUACCCCGAAAGCCUUCUUAACAGGACUGCAGAUGGAUGUCCGUCAGUGAAGUUUGUUAUUGAGAAUGAUGGGAUAUAUGUACUAAAUAAUGAACUUGGAUUUAGAGAGAAAGAUGUAAGGGCUUUGUGUGAUGUUGGAAGAAGUACCAAAGGGAAACAUAAAUACGGAUAUAUAGGUCAGAAAGGUAUCGGAUUCAAGUCCGUUUUCCGAAUUACUGACGCACCAGAAGUACAUUCCAAUGGGUACCAUAUCAAGUUUGAUGUAAACAGUGGACCUAUGGGAUAUAUAUUGCCACACUGGGUACCAGAGGAGGAGAGGAUCAGUCAGGAUGAAUGGAUGACACAGAUCAUUCUAAGACUGAAGACCGAUAUGAGGUUACAGACCCGAACGUUAGCAGCCAGGUUCAAUGACCUUCACCCGUCGCUACUGCUGUUUCUGCACAGACUCCGCCAGAUCACUAUAGAAAACAAGGUUGAGCAUUCGGUCCAAACAAUGAAGCGGCGCGACGUUGGUGACAAUGUUAUAGAAAUACAGCAUUCAGACGGUUGUGAUAGAUGGCUUGUCAUCAAAAAGAUGCUGGAUGCCAGUAACAUCUCACUACAGACCAAAUCUGGGGCCGAGGUUGAAUCAACUGAGAUAGCUCUAGCAUUUCCACUGAAAAAUCAAGGAAAGAAAAGUACUGUCCAGAUGAUGCCCCCAAAGCAACCAGUGUUUGCUUUUCUACCACUGAGAAGUUAUGGUUUCCGGUUCAUAAUUCAAGGUGAUUUUGAUGUGCCAUCGAGUCGAGAAGAUGUUGACAGGGACAGCUCAUGGAACCAGUGGCUUAGGAAUGAAAUACCAACUGUUUUCAUAGACACACUUGAGAUCUUCAGGACCCAUUCAGAAUUUAGCAGUAUGGAAGCAGUAUGUGCAUUUCUACAGUUUGUACCUAUGGAGGAUGAAGUCAUGGAGUUCUUUAAGCCUGUAGCUUCGGAUAUACUUAAGAAACUGAAAGCGAAGACAUGCAUUCCUACACAGCCAAAUAAACAAGGAGUGAUUAGCUGGAAGAUGCCAUCCCAGACCGUGAGGGUUCGAGAUCCUCUCGUGCGUAGUGUGAUAACAGCGGAUCUACUUGAGGCGCACCUGAAUCUGUUCUACCUGCACCUUGAUAUUGCUUCCGUGUUGAACCCGGCCUUGACCUCUUGUCUUGGCAUUGAAACCUUAACAUCUGACCACUUGUUCCAGCUUGGCAAAGCUCUCAUUGUGAACAUGGGAACACACUGUAAAGAUGAAGAUGUAAUCCUUAUAUCCAAAUGGAUGGCAUGCUUGUACCGCAGCCUGGAUGAAUUCCACCAUGACGAUACCAUACUUCCAACAUUGAAAUUACAUCGUGUUUUACCACUGUCGAAUAGAGAAUUGGUCUCACUGCAGGACAAAACCGUGUUUCAUCCAAUACCGAACUCUAGUGCCAAAAGACAGAAAGGAAAAGGUGAAAAAGACCCCAUGUACUAUCUUCAACAAGAUGUGAACAGUCUUCAUCCUUUGCUGCUAAACACUGGCGAUGUUGAAGUUAACAGUCAGGUUCACAAACUCUUGUUGAGAUUGGGUGUAAAGCAGUUGUCUCCCUCUGAUGUGAUCAAUCAUCAUAUAAUUCCUGUUUUAAAAUCAGACGCUUGGCAGUCCAAAUCGAAGGGUACUCUUGUAUCCUAUAUAGUUUACAUCAAAGAGCAAACAGACAAGCAGACAUCAGUGUGUAAUAUAGAUGAGGUUAAGGACGUUGCCAUGGUGAUGACAAAUAAUGGUUACAAGAAUCCGUCAAGGGAACCAGUGCAGUUUCCACCGCAGUAUGGGAACCAGAUAAACCUACAAGAAAUCUUUAAAGGGUAUGAGUGGACGCUUCUGGACCCAUGUUACCUUCCACACACGUGUUCACAGCCUAUGGUCAUAAGUUGGCAAGAGUUCUUUAGGAAACUUGGAGUUGAUGAUUUUCUGUCUGUUAGAAAGAAAGAUGUUCAUAUCAAAAGAGACGACCUGGCUAAUAGUUACUGGAAUGCCAGCAGUUUGCUGUGGCCAAAAGAUGAGCCCGAAUAUAUAGUGCAGGAUUAUUAUAGUGUUGAACUAGAGGGGCUGAUUAAAAACAACAAAUAUCCGAGUGGUGAACAUUUUGAGAGACAAAUGCGACAUUUAUGUACACACUUAGAUAGAAAUUGGGACAGUCGUUUCUCGAAAUAUUGCAAAACACAUGUCGUUGAUAAGGAAGGUAAGCUCUUGAAAGAAACAGACACUUCCCUCAGUAUUUUGUUACAAACUUGUCAGUGGUUGCCAGCCGAGGAAGCAGAAACAAAAGAAGUUGAUGGUCAUUUGAUGCGUGAGGUACGAAUAGUGAUGAAAGAACCGAACACUCUAUACCUGAAGUCAAACGUGGUCCAAAAUCUGUUGUCAGAUAAAGUACUUUACUUGGACCAGAACCUCACUUCAGGCUCAUUCCUUCAGUUCCUUGGUCUGAAAAAUUAUGUUUCAUUGGAAACUGUAAAGUCGUAUUUAUUACAGUGGUGUGAGAGGACAAAGGAUGAUUUUCCCGCGAGCUUCUUUACGUCACUGGAGCACAUGAAACAUGUUUAUGCAUACUUAGGAAAUGAAUUGAAGAAACACGACCUGCAGGAUUUGCUGCGGAACAAUCCAGUCUUUUUUGUUCCUGAUGCAAGAGUAACAUAUGUUGUAAAUCCUGGAGAAAUUGUUAAAGGUAAAAUGAUGAACAGGAAUGAAAUCUGGCUAAUGGAAAAGACAGGGUUGUUUGAUCAACAUAGGCAAGUACUUGAAGACUUCCAUUCCGAUCUUGCCCUCAAGAGAAAUAUAAUAGGAUUCUACCAUGACAGACACGAUGUCAUUGAACUCUUCAAACAGGAAGGCAAAAUAGAUGCACAGCCGAAGGUUGAAGAGUACAUAGAACUUCUGUGUCUCCUGUGUAAUACCUCCUCUCCGAAGGAUACAAAGAUAUUGUCAGAUGUGUUGUAUAUCUUUUCCACUGUCGGACAAGCACUUGUCACACCACCAGAAGGUAUGCCAGACGAGCAGACGGCAAAUAUGGUACAAGAAGCAAUGAGAACGACUGUUAAAAAGAAGCUUCAAAGGGAAGAGGUAUUUCCAACAAACAAACAAAUUUGGGUGAGUUUAGCAGACCAUCCCAUGAUACCUGACAAUAGAGAUUGGGAAAAAAUGUUUGCUGACAAAGCUGGAGUUCAUUUUCUAGAUAUGGAAGACAAAUCAGACAAGGUCAAGCGUACAGUUAGAGGCGGCAUAGCUCAACGAGGACAUAGGAAUAAAAUUAUAGAGAGUCGUGUUAAACCAGAUAUGAUUGAUGUGGUAAUAGAAGUUUGUGGAAUUAAGAAAUUAAGUGAGGCCGUAGAUAUAAAACCAACACCAGAGAUGAUAGAGCCAUGCCUGCCACUUCAGGCCUACUUCAGUCAGAUAGUGUCUCCAAUACAACAGUAUCUGAUGGUCAGAUUUGAUAAGAUCUAUCAACAGUUGGAAUUGUGUAAUACUAAAGAAAUGUUGGCAGAGGCCAAAUUCUAUCAGACUAGCAAGCUCGAAGUAAGUUACUGGCUGAACUACAUGUCUCAAGACACGUUCGUUAUUCAGGAAGAGAAAUGUGUCAUUCAUCCGCCAGAAUUCUACUUCCAUCGGGAGCAUCUGAAGGCACUAGUUGAGAUUCACAGAGAAAUAGCCAGAUACUUUAGCAGAGGGAAUACAGAUUGCAGCAGUGCUUUGAGAUCGUUCUUAUCUGAGUUAUAUACCAUCGUGUCUGGAGAAACAGAUGAUACUGUGGACGAGCUGCUAGAGAGACAUGGUGCUGAUGGUAUAGAAGUGACGGAGGAAGAACAAUGGAUGGUUGAAGCUCCUAUAUUACCGGAGCCGGAUUUACCUGAAGAGGCGGAACAAGAAGAAAUACCGUCUGAUGAAGAGGAGGAAAGCGAGUUAAAUGUGGCAGAUCAGGAUGGAGAAUUACAGUUGAGGGCGUGGCCACCAGUUUCCAAUUCCAGUAAAACACAGCUUAGAGAACCGACUGAGAGACCAUCGUCCAAUAUCUGGCCACCACCGCAGGCAAAAGAUUACAUGAAGUCGGUAAAGGAUCUACCUGCUAACGUCAGAAUGGUUGCACCUAGUCAAGGAGAUACAAAAGCUGGCGGAGACAGUGAUACAACUGAUACAGCAGAGUCGGCUGGUGCUGGAAAUAGAGUUAUAACGUAUGUCAUGCAUCCGGAUGAACGUUCCACUAGACAAAUUGAUGGACAAACACUCCAAGAAACAUUCCCCACUGAAAUGUUAAAUAACAAUGCACUAGUUCCGCACGUUGAGCAAGAUAAAAAGACCGACAUUCCUAGGCCAGAUGAUGUAGACAUGAGAAAUUCAGAUGACAUUCCAGAGAAAGAUGAUAAAGACAGGACAAAAUCUUAUGACAUGGAAACCAGGAACCUCAAAGGGUUGGACGAGAACAGGCCAGCACAAUAUGAACAAGAGCAACUACCAGGAACCCAAAGAUCUGCCGGUGCAUCAAGACAUCAUAAGACCGGAGGGCGAUAUCAUUUCAGUAGAGGACAACCAAUUAUCAAAGGUGAUCCAAUCUGGACCUUUAUGGCAACAGAUUAUAUAUACGAUGAACUUGGCAGUGGUAAAGACCUUUGUGUAAUCGACACCCUCACCCUGAGCGAAGAUUCGGGUGGACCAGAGAUUGGUCAGUGGGGUGAGGCGCUUGUUGCCCAAUAUCUUCAGAGACAAAAAGAUCUUGGAAAUAUACUUGAUUACUCGUGGAAAAAUAGCGAGGAAGAAACCGGAUGUCCCUUUGAUUUUGAAAUUCAGCUUACUGGCAAAAGCGGUAACAUUAAUAACUACAUUGAAGUGAAGAGCACAGUAAGUGAAGAUAAAGAAAUAUUUGAAAUAUCGCUGCAACAGAUCCAGUUUGCUGACCAUGAGAAGGAGAAUUUCCAUAUAUAUCGAGUGUUUAAUGCCGGGAAUCCAGAGCGUGUCAAACUGAUUCGUAUUGCGAACUUAGACCUGAGACUAGAGAAGAAGCAGGUUAAGCUCUGUAUGCUGAUAUAGAUGACGAAUGAGUUUGCCAGAUAACGUUUCUUUACUUCGUUGUAACGUGCAUGUUUACAAGAAAAUAGUUCAAUUGUUUUUUCCUACCAAUGACAUUGUCUCAUUUUGGACGUUUGGGUUUAAGUAUUUGUCUUUCAGAAGUUUUUUAUCAGCGAUUAUGUUGUUUGUUGUGCUUAUUUUUCUGAAAUACUCGAUGCAUAUUUAAAUUAAAAGCUGACACGAGUGCCUGGGCUGACUCGAGCAAUUCAUGUAGUCCCCAGUCGUUGUCUUUGUAUUUGCUAUGUUUGACAGCUCGAAACCGCGGAUAACUUGAGCAUUUUGCACUUUCACUUGCGGCUUCAAGCUGUCAGUACUUAACUGUAUUUUAUUUUUGCUCUUUACAAAACUUGUGUAUCUUUUUGGUGGAUAUUUGUUUCAUGUAUAUUUUUACACCAUCGUUUAACUUAUAGAAACGGAUCAUUUAUUCAUACUAAAACGUUACACCAAAGUCAGUCCGCAUUUUCAGUCAUAGUAGAAUAUUUUCUCAUAUAGUUUAGUUUGAAAAAAGUGUGCCAUCAGUUGAAAUGUUUGGUAUGUUAGUAUUAUGGAUAGUAAAACUAAUCCUAAGCGAGUCCGUAUGAAUUUCUUGUUAUGCGAUUCAUUUUCACAUUUUUCACUCAACUGAUAUACUCUGGUUUCUUUUGUAGUAAUUCUUGGAAUAAUUUGUACCAAGCUUAGGGAGUGUAAAGUUUGUUAUGUACUCUACAUUAUUAUUACGGGAAAAAAAAAGGUUGCAGCUCGGGCUGAAAUCGUUGUAUCUGUAUUUCUUUGUAUUUGCUAUUGCAAAUAUUUCGCUCUGAAUUGAUGAAAUACUUCUAUUUGUAAACUUUGAGUUGUUUAAUGUAUCAGUUCUAUUAUUCAGUUUAGUAUGGUAUCACUUUUUCUUUAUUUGAACUUUAUUGCUUUUAAUCAAAAUUUUAUGAAGAUAUCGAUGAAAAUAGUUUUCCGAAUGUGCCACAUUGUGACAUAUAAAGGACUUCGGACACUUUCUAUAUGAAUUUGCCUACUCCAAAAGUGAAAAAUAAACCACUGAGAAAUAAGUAUUUAAUUACAUAUACCAUCAAAAUACAUAUUUGAGAUUAUUUCUUAAAGUCAAAUUUUUCAAUUUUUGUUUCAUAAAAUGGUAAUUUUUGCUCUAAAUAGAAUUACGUACCCUGUUAUAUACAUAUAAAAGCUAUUUUGCUUUAAACAACAUUGUUCCCCCCCGUGCAUCAAAACCAUAUUUGGCCAGCAUAUGUAGAUAUUAAUUAUACACAUUAUCUGUGACUAUUGUGUUGAUGCAAGGGGUGGAGCAGUACUUUUAAACAAAAAAUAUAACUACAGGGUGUUCCCAAAUGUAAAAUAACCAAUACUUUUUAUAUUCAUUUUUAAUAAUUUGAUAGUCACAUAUUUUUACUUCUGUUUGUAACUCAGAUACUAUACAAAUGUUUGAAAGGGCACAUAUAGGCAUGUUAUACAUGUGUAGUAGUGAGAGAAGCAAAUACUGUGAAUUCAUUAUUAUUCGUUGGGUUAAAUUUUCAUUGGCUUAUCCUGGUUGUUUGUUGCAGUAGAUUGGCAAAUGUGUGCUGUAAAAUACUAGCAACACACCAGGUAAUCUUCUGCAUGCCCUCCUCGCAAUACGCACGCCACUAGCGAUGAUGUAAUUUGUUUUCCAUUUUGUUUUUAUUAUUUUUUUUGUAUUUUUUAUAUAUUUUUCAUUUCUUUAUUUCUUCAUCUUCAUCUGUGCAUUUAUAUUUAUUUCUUUUAGACACAUACUAAAUGUUACACGCAUUCAUUACUUCAUGUUCUUCCUACUGUGAAAACUGAAUUGAAGCGGACUAGGCCUAAACACAACAAAAAAGAGGCAAUAUGUGCACAGCAGUUAAUCUGAUCCUGACUAUAGUCUAUCCAACAGAAAUAACGCUUGGCAUUGAUAUGCCUGUCAUGCAUAGGUCAAGAACAUUAGCUUCUUGGCAGGUCAUAUCGGUGACGGUUUCACACACAGUGUGAUGCCACGAAAGUGAUGUGUCAAGCCGCUUUCCAUGCAGAUGGCAUAUACAAAUACGGCUAGAUGCAAAAACGAACUAAACGGUCCAGCCGAGUUUCAGGUGCAAUUUUUAUGCAGAGACCUGCUUCUACUUUAGCCCUACAGAUGACACAUUUCGAAUAUGUUUUGCCCACAACUUCAGCCCUGAAUAGACAACAUUAUCUAUAGAUGGGUUGUUGUCAGACUUAUCCCGAUUUAACUUUUUCCGUUCCAGCUUGCUUAGGCAAGCCUCAGAAAGAACUGUCAUUUCGGGUACAUUUUUAUUACAUGUUUAAGCGAUGUGAGCCGUGCCAUGAGAAAAACAACAUAGUGGCUUUGCGAUCAGCAUGGAUCCAGACCAGCCUGAGCAUCUGCGCAGUCUGGUGAGGAUCCAUGCUGUUCGCUUUCAAAGCCUAUUGGAAUUAGGCAAACCGUUAGUGAACAGCAUGGAUCCUGACUAGACUGCGCAGAUGCGCAGGCUGAUCUGGAUCCAUGCUGGUGGCAAUUGUACUAUGUUGGUUUUCUCAUGGCGCGGCUCAAAUAUUAUCUGUGCCACUGGUACUUAUCCCAAGCAAGAACCCACCCUACGGCCUUGAUAAGAUUACUGCCUAUUACAUAAAUAUCUGUUAUCACUUAUAACAGAGCUAUACAGACAUGUACAUGUACUUAAAUAACUACCUGAACCACUGCAAUAAAACUGACCGGUCACUUAUACAUGUAUACCUAUUCACACAUGUAAUGCAUCAAUAACUUUACAUUACGGACAGUACAUAGAUAAAUCAAGUACAGGUUGUUUGCAAAAAUAUCGUUCUCUUUUUUAUUUAUUUAUAGGAUUUUAAUCUUAAAAUGUUAUUUUUUCCUUAAAUAAACAGACUUUAUCACUUUUUUCGACUGGAAUUCAUAUAUUUAAAACUUCCGUAAAGUGAUGACAUUAUAUUUUUACGGAAAUUAAACAUUAUAUUUUUUCAAGAAAAUAUACCCUGGCCCAAAUAAAAUAAGAAAAACAUCUUGAUAGGAACAGAUACAAAUCAGUUUCUGCUGUAAUAAAUUAACUAAUACAUUGGUUUAUCAUUGACUCGAAACGAUUUGGGUAUUGUUCAAAUACUUAAUGAGAAAUUUGCAUUUAAAAUGUAGGCUAGAAGCAUAUGAUAGUGUCCGAAGUCCUUUGGCUUUCUGUUUCCUUCGAUGAUUCAUACAAACAUGUGUUUAUCGAGCUACUAUUUCAUUAUCUAGGUAAAUUUCGUCACAGGUUUUGUCCUUGAGGUAACGGGUCCGUGAUGACAAUCAGCAAUUUCCGUUUCUUUACGUACUAUACGUAUGCGAUUUUCGCAAUCUCUGUUGAUAUGAAAAAAAAUGAUUUACUGUCAUGGCCAAAGGAUGGCGAAAUCGCGCUGAAAUUGCCGAGUGUCAUUACGUUAACUACCUCAUGCAUGCAGUGAAUUCUGUCAUUUCAAUACAUAGCAUACAGUGAGCUCUAUUAUGUUGAAAUCCCCAUAGAGUUCGGGCUUAUUGUACUGAAACUUCGAAAGAAGUGAAUUUAUUACGCUUUCAAUUUCAUCAUGUAGCCCGCCCGCUUAGCUCAGUAGGUAAGAGCGUUGGUCUACGGAUCGCGGGGUCGUGAGUUCGAUCCUCGGGCGGAGCGUAUGUUCUCCGUGACUAUUUGAUAAACGACAUUGUGUCUGAAAUCGUUAGUCCUCCACCUCUGAUUCAUGUGGGGAGGUUGGCAGUUACUUGCGAAGAACAGGUUUGUACUGGUACAGAAUCCAGGAACACUGGUUAGGUUAACUGUCCGCCGUUACAUGACUGAAAUACUGUUGAAAAACGGCGUUAAACCCAAAACAAACAAACAAAUUUCAUCAUGUAUUACCGACACAAUGCAAACAACAUCAAAGAUAUACAGAAAAUGCAUUUUUUUGUAAUUAUCACUUUUAUAUGGAUAUAUUUUUUAAAAAAAACUAAUAUUUUGUAGGGGCGCCCAUUUCGUGUUUUAUUCUAGUAUUAUCUAUAUUAGCUUCUGCUCAGUUGGCGAGUAUUGGUUUUCACUUUUUUACGCUGAUUUUGAUUUGAUGGUUUGUAUUAAUAUUUUGCUCAGCCGGCGGCAGGGUCGUCGGCAGUGUGGUUUCGUCGGGAAAGACGAACAUACUAUAUACUUCAUAAUGAGCAGUGCGCCCUUAGAGCUUCAUCAACAGAAAUUUAUCACCAAAGAACGUAAAAAGUUUCAUGAAAUUAUAUUGAAAAGUUUUAUUUGGUACUUACUGAACAUGGAUAUUGUAAAUCAUCUUUAAAAUUUACUUAAUAACACAGUAUUAAAAUCAAAACAAAGACAUUUUAGUCCUUGUCGAUUUCACUGUCUACUUAAGUGGAAAAUCGCAUGUUCUUAUAAACCAAUUGAUACUUUGGAACACUUCAGUUGGUUAUUUGAUCAUACCAAAGAGCUAUAAAAUAUGUAUUUUAUACUUCUUUGAUCAUACUAUGAUUUUACAAGCAUUCCAGAAAUGGUAUUUACUGUUUUGAUGUGUGAUUUGUUUUGAGAUUUAGUUUUUGAUUACUUUGAUCUCAUAAAAAAUAUCUAAUUAUAUGAGAAUUGAAAAUAAAACGGAUUAUUAAAAAUA